AUGGCCGACAAGGUCACCACCUUCGUGAAACCAUACCUUCAGCAGGCUCAAUCCUGGACCGCCAAAGAAGCAAGUGAUGCCAAAAAGGAACUGCAAAAGGCUGCAGGACUCGGCAGCCGGCCGGAUGUCGUUCCUGAUGGCGAAGCUCUUGUCAGCGGCGAGCCAAGGACGGUAGAGCUGGGUUGGCAUCCUGUAGCAGGUGCGACAGGGAAAUGGUUCGCUGAGAAGACCGGCAUCGGCAAGCAGAUCACUGCAAAGAUCGGCAAAUAUCCAGAUCCAACACAGCAUUGGGCAGUAAUUGUCGGCGAUUAUGUGCAUCAGCUUUGGAUGGACGGCAAUCUGGACAUCAUCUACAUUAACGAGGAGCUCAAGCGAGAAGAAUGGCACAUAUUUGAAGUUGGCAAGACGCGCUUCAAUGACCAGGCAGUCCGAGAGGCAAGUCGAAUGACCAUUCAUAACAUGCGCGAGAAACGGCCAGCCUACAACCUCAUCAGCAAUAAUUGCCAGAAUUUCGCCGUAGAGCUACUCAAAGCCAUCCAGGUUGGCGCUCACCGCGAGUUCGGGACCAGCUUUGCCAUCUAUCAACGCGCUACCGGCAAAGGCGCUAUUAUGGACUUGUUUGCCGACAAGCCUGGGCAGGAUCCGCCCCAACUGAAGCAUGACGAGGAUGAGGUGCCGCCACCCAAGCGACAAGAUAACGUGAGCUUUGCACAACAAGUCAUGCACGACAACACGACGCAGUUGGAUCAUGAUGGUGAUCCGCGACAAAGUUGA